ACAGGACGUUAUCUUUUUUUCCAUGGUUGCACAUUAGGUGUCAAUAGAUUACAGUUCAGUUUAAAGCAUUAUUAUAACAAGUUUAACAAGAAUGAGAAAAAUGACCUUGUGAGACUAAAAUAUAUUUUCAAGUGAAAUGCUUAUUUAGUUUGAUUUUAAAAAUAAUAGAUAGAAACUCUAAAGUGGUCUAAUACUAAAAGUAGAACUUGUGUAGGUGCAUGCGAGAUGCCUUAAGAGAAACCGUUUUAAAUUCCGGGUGUAUACAAAAGCUGUUUUUCUACAUUGCUUUAUUAGAACAUUCGGUAAUUUCGCACGGUGAGUUCAAUCAAAUUCAGAUGCCUUUGUCAUGACAAAAGACAAUGUACGUAUUAUAACAAGCAUGUGAAAUGCAAGAUUAUUUAUUUACAUUUUAUUUUAUUUAUUUAGGUAAAAUGUUGGUUUGGGGUUUAUCUGGGGUUUAUCUCACGAUGGAACUUUAUAAACUGUCUUCCGCAACGACAGAGGGCCCUCUGAACAGCGUUAGCUGGUAGUUAGCUAGUUCGCUAGCUACUAAACAGCUAGAAGAAAUUCGACUGCUUUAAACAAUGAUGUUUGGGACAUGUUCAUUUUUCUUCUGGAAAGGGUUAUAUAGCGUAUGAGAGUAAGGGUAGUUUUUACUAAUCAUGUGGCAUGAUUAAGAAUCUAACCGCAAGAUUAUGAUAUUUUCUAACCUUCGUUAGCUAGCUGCAUGCUACCACUGUCAUUUUUUGUUCUUCAAGCUUGCUUUAUAAUUGUCACACCAGAAGAUUCGCUGCGAAGUACACAUAAUUGACUAAGAAGACGUUACAUGUUGUUAAGGAAGUACUACGUUUACCGCAGGAAUGCCAAAGGCGAUGAGGGAAGAGUCACACGCACUCUUCCUGAAUCUUAUAACUUCUUGUCAGCAAUGUCGACGGACACAGGGGACCGUGGGAAAGAAAGGGAGCGGGGUGCUCGACCCAAGGUGCGCCAAAGCCGCUCUGAGGAGCGUCAGGAUGGGGGGAGACGGAAGGGCGGCAGGGGCAAGAUGAAGGGCCAGCUGCCGCAUGAGCCACUGUCUGAGCGGCCGGUUAGCGAUGGCUUUGAGUACGGAGACCUCCUGGGUGGGUUAGAGGCUGGAAAUGGGGGCUUGUCAUCCCCAGUUCAUGAACGCAGAUGGCGGCAUCUUCUCAGCUCCUCGGGGUCCUUGCUGUCUGAGAGAGCACCCACCCGGGCAGUUUCGAGCACAGCAAGCACAGAUCAGCCAGCACCUGAGACCAGCGGCAAGUCUUCUGGUGUUAGUCGCUCCCUCAGGCAGAAAAUCCAGGAUGCGGUGGGCCAGUGUUUUCCUAUCAAGACCCAUGGUGGAACUUCUACCUUGGGGCAGAGCCUCACGUCAUCCCCCUCUGUAACCUCAUCCCGGAGGAAGAUCCACCUAAGCGAGCUAAUGCUGGACAGCUGCCCAUUUCCAGCCGGCUCCGAUCUUGCCCAGAAGUGGUACCUGAUCAAGCAGCACACAGCUCCUAUCUCGCAGCCACCUGUGCUGCACUCAUUUGCCAGUGCUGGGGCGUCCACAUCUGAUCUCACAGCUGCCACUGCUGCUGUAGUUGAGGACGAGGAUGACCGCCUGCGGGAGAGAAGGAGGAUAAGCAUUGAGCAAGGUGUGGAUCCACCACCCAAUGCACAGAUCCACACAUUUGAGGUGACCGCACAAAUCAACCCAUUGUACAAGCUAGGGCCCAAGCUGGCGCAUGGCAUGAAUGAGCUGGCAGGGGAUGAACGGGCCACCCUCCAGCAGCAGCAGAUGCUGCAAAGGCAGCACCACCAACACCAGCUCUUCCUCCAAAGCUGCCUCGACACUCUCGAUGAAGUCGUGGCCUCUUCCUCCGAGUCUGCUCCCACUUUCUCCAGUGAAUCCUACCCAGACUCAGACUCCUCCUCACCAUCCCCUUGUUCUCUGGUGAGAGGGUCCCCUGCACAUCUGGAACGGCCAAAGUCCCAGGACAGCCACCAUCGUGUCCACACUCAGAUUGACUAUAUUCACUGCUUAGUGCCUGACCUGCUGGCGAUUACCAACCUGCCAUGCUACUGGGGUGUGAUGGAUCGCUAUGAGGCAGAGACACUGCUGGAGGGAAAGCCAGAGGGCACCUUUCUGCUGCGUGACUCUGCUCAGGAGGACUACCUAUUCUCCGUUAGCUUCCGUCGCUAUGGCCGCUCUCUACAUGCGCGCAUUGAGCAGUGGAACCACAACUUCAGCUUUGACGUACACGACCCAAGCGUGUUUCAUGCACCCACUGUCACUGGCCUCCUGGAGCAUUAUAAGGACCCAAGCUCAUGCAUGUUCUUUGAGCCACUGCUGUCAAACCCUGUCCACCGAACACGACCAUUCAGCCUCCAGCAUAUCUGCCGCGCUGUCAUCAGCAGCUGCACCACAUAUGAUGGCAUUGCUGCUUUGCCCAUUCCCAACGCACUGAAGGAGCACCUGAAGGAGUAUCACUACAAGCAAAGAGUCCGUGUGCGGAGGCUCGACACAUGGUGGGAGUGAAGGCAGCAACAUAUAUUGACUGACCACAGCCAUGUAGUAUGCACCAGUGCUCUACUACCAACCUAAAAAAAAAAAAAAAACUCCUCUGACCUAGCAA